CAUGCCAUUGAGAAGAAGAGGGAAAGAUGGCGUCCUCUAACAAUCCUCGCAAAUUUAGCGAAAAAAUCGCUCUGCACAACCAGAAACAGGCGGAAGAAACCGCUGCGUUUGAAGAAGUGAUGAAAGACUUGAACAUCACCAGAGCUGCACGGUUGCAGUUACAGAAGACCCAGUAUUUGCAACUAGGGCAGAAUCGUGGACAGUACUAUGGAGGCUCACUGCCCAAUGUCAAUCAGAUUGGAAAUGGCAACAUUGACCUGCCUUUUCAGAACUCAGUGCUGGAUACCAGUAGGACCACCAGGCACCACGGCCUGGUGGAGCGUGUUUACCGCGACCGGAACCGCAUCACCUCUCCUCAUCGCCGACCACUGUCGGUCGACAAACACGGACGCCAGAUCGACAGCUGUCCUUAUAGCUCAGUUUACCUCUCACCACCGCCAGACACAAGCUGGAGAAGGACAAACUCGGAUUCUGCCUUACACCAGAGCGCCAUGAAUCCGAAGCCCCAGGAGGUGUUUGCAGGGGGAUCGCAGGAGCUGCAGCCCAAACGAGUACUGCUGCUAACAGUGCCUGGGACGGAGGACUCUGAGUCAAACACAGAUGAGGAUGGGCAGAAACAGCUGUGGGACGACAAGGAGCUAAUGAUUAUGUUUUCUCAUCAGGAUGAUUCAUCAAAGCCCAACACAUGUGAUGUCCCGGGAAUUAAUAUAUUCCCAUCACCAGACCAGGAGUUGAACCCCUCCCUGCUGCCUGCUGCACACAACACCGGCGGUUCUCUGCCCGAUCUGACCAACAUACAGUUCCCUCCUCCGCUUUCCACCCCACUGGACCCUGACGACAACGUGGCCUUCCCCUCCCUCACCGCGUCCAACAGCACGGGAAGCUUGACCACUAACCUCACCCACCUGGGUAUCAGCGCUGCCAGCCAUGGGAUCACCAACUCCUCUCAGCCCACCAUGACUGUAACAGCACAGCGCCGCCAACCACCCGUGGUGCCACUGACCCUCACCUCUGACCUCCAUCUCCAACAGUCUCCACAGCAGCUUUCACCCACCCUCUCCUCGCCCAUAAAUAUCACACAGGCUUUGCCAACAGAGCUGCUGACCCUGGAGCAGCAGCUUUCCCAGUACCCCCUGUUCAACCAGCUGACGGCUCAGGCCCAGGCCCAGCUGCUUAGUGACCUCCAGAAGCAGCAGCAGGUUCUGUCGCAGGGCAUCCAGCUCAUCACUUUGCCAACUUUGGCCUCCCCUGGAACAGCCAGCAGCCCCUCCUCGGACAGCCAGAGCCAGACCACCGCCAGCAUCAGCAUCAGCUCGUACCGCAAUCAGACUGGCUCACCAGCCACUCAGUCUCCAACCUCCCCAGUCUCCAAUCAAGGCUUCUCCCCUGGCGGCUCGCCUCAACACAUUCCUGUGGUAGGCAGCAUAUUCGGCGACUCCUUCUACGAUCAGCAGUUGGCAUUGAGGCAGACCAACGCCCUCUCCCACCAGCUGGAACAGUUCAACAUGAUCGAGAACCCCAUCAGCUCCAACAGCCUUUACAACCAAUGCUCCACCCUCAACUACACACAGGCGGCCAUGAUGGGCCUCACCGGGAGCAGCCUGCAGGACGCGCAGCAACUCGGCUACAGCAGCCACGGCAACAUCCCCAACAUCAUCCUCACAGUCACAGGCGAGUCCCCGCCGAGCCUCUCCAAAGAGCUCACCAACUCCCUGGCGGGUGUGGGCGAUGUCAGCUUUGACGCAGACUCUCAGUUUCCUCUGGACGAGCUCAAGAUCGACCCGCUCACCCUAGACGGACUGCACAUGCUCAACGACCCUGACAUGGUGCUCGCCGACCCCGCCACUGAGGACACGUUCAGGAUGGACAGACUGUAACGUGAGAAGCUGAGAACAGGAAGGGGAAGAAGAAAAAAAAAAAACACACUAACUUGUGAAUGGAGAAAAACAAAGGGCAGGAUGAACCCUCUCCCUUGUUGCAUGGCCGUCCAGCUGCCCGACCUCGCCCUCAAGUCCGUAAAGCCCAAAAGACAACAGGGAAAAAGACAUCCAGUGGCUUGCAGGGGAAUGGCCUCGCUAUCGUUUUGAAUGAGAUUGGUCGCUCAGCGCUUUCGCUAGCCUGCUGUGUUUACAGUGUACCAUUACAUGCCACAUUUAUUCCAAAAAAAUACGCACAUUUGACUUCUUUUUUUUUUUCUCUCUUCAUAUCCACUUGUUUUGUUGAUAUUUACUUGUAGCAGGAAGCUGCUAGGACAUUGGGCUAAACCGUACCUGUUCUUACGGCUGUGUUGAAAACAGAAAAGAAGAUAACAGCCGGUUUGCUUGUACCUUGCAAUCAAAUGAAUCGGUUUUCCAUCAUGCCGUAACGGCUUUCUAUUUCUCACUCAAAGCUUUAUUUUUGACAACCAAAUGUUAUUUUCGUCAUGUACUGUAUGUUUUGAUGCUUUCUGUAUUUAUAUGUUUUAUUUAUUUAUUUGGUUACAGAUAUUUUAUAUUCCAUUUCAUAAUUUAAAUUUAAUGCCAAAAUGCUCUCUCUAGGCAUAGUGUAAGAUUGCACUGAUGUACUUUGUGUCUAUUUAUUAAUUACGUACAUAUUUAUAUCUAUGUGUUUGUUAAGCUACUUGGUUAAUGAAGGAGUGCAAAACCUCCCCAUAGUUGCUCUUAAGUGUUCAAUGUGCCAUUCUCUGAUGUAGGGCGAAGCGUAAGUUGCCAUGCUGCAGCCCGACAGUCCAAUCAAAAUUUCGCACAGCUCCAGAAAACACUGCAUGCUCCAGAAAUGGGUUGGUUUUUAUGCCACUUGAAUUAACUUUUUCUGAGAAAAUCAUCAGGUAUUUCUAUUGAACUAGAAAGCAAGACAAAUUGGUCCCAAUUAAUUUUUCUGCUGGCCAAAAAAAAGCAUAUAUCUAUCCAGACUGAACAUCCUUUCAGUGAAGGAAUCGGCCAGUUUUGAAACACUAAAAUCUGAAAUCUUUUGGAAGUCGUCACUGUGAAAUCACCUGAUUUUGCCUUACAUGAGUAUUCUACUGUUCUACUUUAAGUGUCUCGCGUGACAAACGUAUUUUCGUAACUUAUUGUAACAUUUUCCUGUCUUUCAGAGGAACUUUAACUUUUGGUCAGUGAUAUUUGUGGUUCUGUUGUGUAAGGUUUGACAAAUCAAUGUACUGUAUUUUGUAUCGGUACAGUUUAUAGCCAAAUCGUCAAUGUUUUUUAAAAGUGGAGCUUAAAAGGAAAAAAAAAAAAAAAUCAAAGGAUGGGUUUCAAGUUUUUGAGAAGGAGUGCAAUUAUGGGGAGGCUUUUUGCUCCGUGACAGGGAAGCUCUAACAAAAAAGCUAAAGACCAGUGGCACACAGGUCGACAACAAAAUAACUAUUCACAGUAUAAAGAACUAAUGUUGGAUAUUUAACAGUACAGAAGCCUUAAGAUGGUUGUUAUCAUAAAAGAAUAUAGGGAUAUAUGAAGUAUAUUUGGUACACUGGAGAAGGUACAUAAAGAGUAUUUCUAGAAUUAGUAUUGUAUGCACACAGCACAGAGAUCUACCCUGGUCCGUUCAGUGUAAUAAACAAAACCGUCACAAAUACAAUCAGGGAUGUAGAAGAGUCUAAAACUGUUUACGCAACCUUUUUAACUGUAAAUGUUUACACAGGGUUCAUCUGACAAUGUACAUAUUGAUAUCAGCUCUCGAUACAUCCAUGAGCCAUCUCUUUUUAACCAACACGUGUCAAACAAACGGUGUCAAACUUCAGAUUGGAUUCUGCAAUGGCCUUUUGUCAGAGUUUCCCUGAGAGGUGUGUGUCGCUCUGUGGGGUCAUGUUUGGUAUAUUGUAAUGUUCAUGUACAGACACGCUAAUCAUUUAUUCACCGAAACGCUCUGUUGGAAAGAUCCCACCCCCCCCUCGCCCCCAACCACUCAACCCCCUCCCCACCUGUAAAGGAAUCACGUUUGAUUUUACUGCAUACCUCUACAGUUAGUACGUUGAAGUGAUGAUUGUCUGCUGUACUGGGCCAUCAAAGGUUUUCGCUCGGCUUUUUUUUUUUGUUGUGAUUCCUAUGCAAAUUAGACAAAAAAAAAGCGACCCCUUAAAGGGAAAAUCCACCUGUGAUGCUUUCAAGAAGUAAAGCUGGAUUUCCUCUUCUCAAAUGGGAGAUAGUGGAGUUUUGAGUACGGUUAUUUGGACUACAAUAUUCUCCUUUUGAUUACCCUAGCUACAUGUAUAUUUCUUUAUUUUAACGAAGCUUCUCACAGAAAACAAAAGUAGUAUUGUUGCUCUGCAUUGCAAACCCCCUCUGCAGAGAUGGAUAUGUUUGAGAUGAAGCUCUGACUAUUGUAAGCUCGUCUAGUGGAUACAAUGAGUGCAGGACGUUGAGUGUUGCAGUGGUGCUAUGACAAUCAAAAUAUGUGAAGUCGAACUCUAAACUUCCAAUUCCUGUCCAGAAACAUAGAUCCAGCUUGUCUUUUACUUUACUCUUAGCCUCCAGCUUCACAUGUUUCUUUCUACCUAACUUUUGCCUUAAAAGAAACUCCCUCUUUCUAAUCCCGAAGGACCUGAUGCUAAACCUGACCUAGAUGUUUUAAGAUCAGUUUAUCACUCUAGAUUAGCUGCUGGAAAUUUGUGGACUAUAGUUGGCUGGAAGAAGAAAAACACUCCAAAUUGGGCAUAGAAAUGCAUCUUAACUUGGAUUUUUCCUUUAAGUCGCUGAAACAAAUGUAAAGAACUCAUUCUCUGCAUUUCAUGUUUCCAGAGGUUUGAUUCAUAAACAAAUGAAGCAUUGUGUUUAAGCCAAACGUCACUCCUUUAUUUCCAGGUACCAGGUAUGUUUAUGAUUUUUGAUCUUUCCUCUCACUCCCCCUCCUGUCAUCCCACUGAUUACUAUAGUCCCUCACACUGACCUUGUACAUACGCUAUAGCUAAAACUAAAAUGCAUGACUAAAGAUGACAGUUAAAACCUCUAAACGAAGGCCUUCUAUAGCUGCGCAGGUUUGAUUUGUGUCACAUAACGCUAUCACAAAGUCUGAAGGGAUGCAUGUAUUAGUUUCUCCUUUGCAACAGUUAACUCAAGUCUCCUAUUCAGUAACUCUGUUACCGCCAUCUCAGCAUAAUGCUACUCCACGAAUGAUAAGAGAAUGUAUUUUCUGUGGCAGUGUCCUGGAUUCUUGCCUGCUGCCAGAAUGACCUGAUGUUUUCAGAGCUCUUGGUCCCGCCACAGUCGGAUCAGACUCUUGUCUCUCUGCUUUUCAGUUUGUCCCCUUUUCUCCUCCCAGGAUUCAGACUGUUCCACUCGCUCUGUCUCUCUCUCUCUCUCUCUCUCUCUCUCUCUUUCUCUCUCUCUACUGUAGCAUCUCACAGCGUAUGAGUGUAAACGGUUGGUUUUGGUACAUAAAGAAACACACUGUUAAACCCAGCCCCCUCCUCUCUGUCAGCACGACCGCUUGGCUUUCUGAGGAAAAUGAAAGCAGGUUUUGGCUUGCGAGGAUUAUGGAUGGAAACGUGCACUGAGUGUUUGCAUAUAUGGACUUGAAACUUGUGAAGCUUCGGCGUUACGCAGUCGACUGCAUGACAUGAUAGACACAUUGAGCUGACUCUUAUCCCAUGCUAUGUACAGGAGUUUGACCUGGCUUUGUUCAAGUGACAACUGGUGUGAUCGUCUUAUGUUGUUGUUGCCUAUCAUGUCAGGUGUUGGGCUGGGUAAAGUGUAACUCUGCAUUUAUGUUGUUUUUUUGUUUUGGUUUUUUUUUAACUUUAACUUUUGUGCAAUGUUUAGUCCACUAGUUGCUUCGCACUUUAUUUGUGACUUCCUGGCUCUUGAGCAGGGACUGUUCUGCCCAAUGUGAAUGCUGACUGUUUGACUCCAGAUGUAUACUCGGGAGAUAUUUUCAUGUCAAAGAAAAAGAUGAAUUCUCUAUUUUCCUUUGUAAACUA